AGGCGCCGCAGGAAGCACCGUGCCCCGCCCCUGUGCCCUCAGGUCUCCCUCGCCCCCAGGCCCCGCGGGCGCCGGGCUCUGCGCGCUGGGAAGGAGCGGCGGCGGCGGCGGCGGGAACCCUGAUUGCUGUCCUGCAACACAUUCAUUAUGAAGUUAUUAGUAAUACUUUUAUUUUCUGGACUUAUACCUGGUUGUAGAGGUAACUCUUCCUAUAAUUUGCCACCCAAGUUACUACUGGUAUCCUUUGAUGGCUUCAGAGCCGACUAUCUACAGAACUAUGAAUUUCCACAUCUCCAGAAUUUUAUCAAAGAAGGUGUCUUGGUAGAGCACGUUAAAAAUGUUUUUAUCACAAAGACGUUUCCAAACCACUACAGUAUUGUGACAGGCUUGUAUGAAGAAAGCCAUGGCAUUGUGGCUAAUUCUAUGUAUGAUGUGAUGACCAAGAAACAUUUUUCUGACUUUGAUGACAAGGAUCCUUUUUGGUGGAAUGAGGCAGUACCUAUUUGGGUGACCAAUCAGCUUCAGGGAAACAGAUCAAGUGCUGCUGCUAUGUGGCCUGGUACCGAUGUGCCCAUUCACAAUACCACACCUUGCUACUUUAUGAAUUAUAGCUCCUCGGUGUCAUUUGAGGAGAGACUAAAUAACGUUACCACGUGGCUGAGCAAUGCGAACCCACCGGUCACCUUUGCAACACUCUAUUGGGAAGAACCAGAUGCAAGUGGCCACAAAUAUGGACCCGAAGAUAAAGAAAACAUGCACAGAGUGUUGAAAGAAAUAGAUGACCUUAUCGGUGACCUCGUCCACAAACUCAAGAUGUCAGGACUGUGGGAAAAUCUUAAUGUCAUCAUUACAAGUGAUCAUGGCAUGACCCAGUGUUCUCAGGACAGACUGAUAAACUUGGAUUCCUGCAUCAGUCGUUCAGACUACACUCUUAUAGAUUGGACCCCAGUUGCUGCCAUACUUCCCAAAAUAAAUAGAACUGAGGUUUAUAACAAGCUGAAAAAAUGUCACCCUCACAUGAAUGUUUACCUCAAAGAAGAGAUUCCUGCUAGAUUUCAUUACCAACAUAAUGAUCGAAUUCAGCCUAUUAUUUUGGUUGCUGAUGAAGGCUGGACAAUUGUGCAAAAUAAAUCAUUACCAAAACUAGGUGACCAUGGUUAUGAUAAUUCUUUGCCUAGUAUGCAUCCGUUUCUAGCUGCCCACGGCCCUGCAUUUCACAAAGGCUACAAACACAGCACAAUUCACAUUGUGGAUAUUUAUCCAAUGAUGUGCCAUAUCCUGGGAUUAAAGCCACAUCCCAAUAAUGGAACCUUUGGUCAUACUAAGUGUUUGUUAGUUGACCAGUGGUGCAUUAACCUCCCAGAAGCCAUUGGAAUUGUUAUUGGUGCACUCUUGGUCUUAACCACUCUAACGUGCCUCAUAAUAAUCAUGCAGAAUAGACUCGCUGUACCCCAUACGUUUUCCCGACUUCAGCUACAAGAAGAUGAUGAUGAUCCUUUAAUUGGGUAACAUGUGCUGAGGUUUAUACAAAAUGUCUUUGGUUAGUCACAGAACUAAGGGUACACCCAAGGAAUGGUGUUAUAACUAUGGAAAAGUAUACUUUGGAAGACAAAGAACUUAGACCCAGCAUGCUAAAAUUAUUUUGUUUUGUUUUGGUGCAUUAGCUAAUAGAAAAAACUCUGACCAUAGUAAAAAUUGCUAGUAAAUCAUUAGUUAACACCAACUAUUUCUCUGACUAGAAAUGUUUUUUAAGAAAAAUACUGCCUCUGCCUUUUUUUCUUUCUGCAAUGAAGAUUUGACACAUCUUCAGAUAAAAUAUACCAAAAUUUAGUAGGCAUGCUUUUCUAAUAAAUUUUUAUAUUUGUAAGUGAAACAAUAGAAAUCUUUAUGCAAUUAGUGGAUUUUGCCUAUCAGGGAGGGAAAGUUUCCUAUAUUUUUAUAUUUACCUUUAAUAGAGUUUGGGCAAAAAAGGAGGAUUGGCAUUGGAUGUUAGCUCAGGGCUGGUCUUCCUCACAAAAAAGAAAAAAUAGAGUUUGUAUCCCAAGUAAACCCUGGAGGUAGGAAAUUCUCUGUGAUGGUUAAUAAAAUGUAUUAACCAGGCUGAAAAGAUCUAGCAUAUGAACAAAUUAUUUUAAGAAAAGCUAUUAUAAAAAACAAAGACCAUGUGAUACAAAGCUUGAGUCUUCACCAUUGUGUCUUUCUUAAGACCCUUAAGCUGUUGAAGUUUCAAAAGUCUUAUGUUUUGAAGAUUAUUGCUAAUAAGAAAUUAAGAAAAGAGAGAAAAGUACUUUUCUCUGUGCUUAAUGACUUUGUGUAAGUUAUUUAGUUGUGCAUGCGUGUGUGUGCAGACUUGACGCGACUUAUAGGAGGAAGUCAGAGGUGGACUGGACUGUAGGCAGGAUUCCCCAUUCACAUUGAACACGGCUCUCAGGAAAGGUUGUAUUUGCACUUCAUAUUUAUUUUCUUCUGACUCACAAGUUAAAAUCAUAAUUUUUAAAAAUUCAGUAAUUUUUGUUACCAUUUUUAACUUUCUCGUGUUGUUUAUUGUAACCAAAGGUGUUGCAGAAAAAUUUAUUACCUGAAUACAUAUCUGGUUUUGAUUGGGUCGGAAUGAGGAAGAGAGAUUUUUGUAUUUACUGUUGGGACUUUUAUGCCUUACAGGCAAUAGAGUAGUUAAAUUUAAAAUGGAAUUUAGUAUCUUUUGAUCUUUUAUGUUAUUCAUGUAUUAAGUGGCAGAAUAAACUUGGAGCAUUCUGUUAAUAUUCGGUAGCCUGGGUGCUGCCUCUUUUUCUCCAGUAUUUGGUUCAUAGAAAUAAUCACUCUGCUCAUAUUUUUUUAAACAUAUGUGUUCAGACCUAAGGAUUUGUUGUGAAGAACUGUCACCCUACCUUUGCUAGGUGGUACCUUCUAGUAAUCAAACUUAAUGUGAUGAACCUGAGUUGCCGCAGACUAGAUUGUAUCUUAGAGGAAAAAUGGGGCUCAAGAACCAUUUAUCAGGACCUGAGGCAAGCAAUUAAUAGUGUGAUCUUUAAAGUGUUGACAAUAUAAAAUAAACUAGGUAACUGUUUUGCAGAUACAAAAUAAUCUACAGUAAAUAUGCAGUCCUGUUAAAUGUUAUUUAACUAAUAGUAAGGAACAGUGGUGCCAGUCAUCAAACGUACCAUUCACCCUAUUUGGUCACUGCCGAUUUCCUGACCCUGGUAUUUAGUGCCUGUUGUAUUUGGGGUUCUUGAGAAGCAUUUCCACACCCUGCAUAAAUAGUCCAUGCUAUUGGUCAUAAAUUGACUGUUUUAAAGAAUAGCGUAAUAAGUGAAAUAAAACCAAUAGGACUAAUUUUGCUUUUUGACAAAUUUCUGAUUUUUUUUCCUCGCAUAAAAGUUAACCUAAAGGUUAAUAGUUGCUCUGAAGGAAAUAAUAGAAAAAUUUCUUUCUACUUCAUUUAAAAACAAAAACAAAAGGAAUAGAAUAGUCACCUUUAAAACAGUGGACAUUUUUUGGAGUGUCUAAGACAAUAUAGCAGGAUACCUUAUACUAGUUGAGUCAGAGCUUGGUCCUUGCAAUGGUGUUGUCUUAGUGAGUGCGUUAGCUCGAUCGCUGGUUGUGAGUUUCAGAAAUCUAUACGUGGCAUCCAGCCUGUGAGUGGAGUUUGUAUAGGGUGGAAUAGGAAGGGAAGCCUGGUCAGUGUUUUAACCCUUUGAACAAAAGACGUUUACCUGUUUGUCUGGGCUUUCAUUCCAUUCUCAAAAUAUUAACUCUAAUGAGAAUUGUAAAUUUUUAAUGUAUAUGUUGAUGGGAGAAGUACAGUAUUUAUUUAAUCAAAGAUGUUUAUAUAUUAUUAUAUUGAAUUUUGUGUUAAUUCAUUUGUAUCUUUAAAAAAUCAUCCCUGUAGAGCCAAGCCUCCUCUAGUACACUGAGAAGCCUUUGAAUGAAGCCAGCUAGCCUUUUACAUUAAGGUUUUGGUGCAUAUUUUGUUAAGUAGUUGACUAGUAUGCUGCUAUGUUGUCUGGGUGGUAGACAGUAUAUGGCUCUGGAAACAUUUAACUGUUUAUGACACCAAUACUCAAAGGUAAUAGGAAAACUUUUUAUUCAAUGUUUUUUGUUAAGUCAGUGAGUGAAUUCAGAAUAAGGACAUUUUUACUUAUAACAUAGGGAUAGUCCUGCUGCUGUUAUUAAUGUGUGAGUUCUUCUGGUAAACAGCAGUAGAAUAAAAAUGAUUUCAAUGCUCUGUACUAUAGGCUUUGUGUUAUUGUUCCAUUAAGCUUGGUGUAAGAAUUUAAGGAUAAAUUUUUGUAACAUUAAAGGAUUAAAAAUGCCUGUGCAUUUUUCUUGGCUGUCUCUCUCUCUUGCCCAUAUUUGGUAAGCUUUAAAGAUGAUUACAUUUAAUUCUUUUUAUUUGGAGGGUUUUACUUCAUUGUGUAUAUGUAAAGCUACAAAUGAAGGACAAACAUGAGAUGGAAAGUGUGUAUUUAUUGUCAGUUCUUUAAAUAGUGUGUAAAUAAAAUGACAUGAGUGUGCUUUAAAGACAUUUGUAUGUAGUGCCUUAAGUUAAAUAUAUUUUGACUAUACUGUUUGAAUUCAUGGUUAACAACUUUGCUUAUGAUGAAAAAAUUUUAUGUGAAUAAAAUCUACCAAAACAUUUUUACUGUAAUUAUUAAA